GUCACUGAGGUUGACAGAAGAUCCUUCAGCAGAAAUCUAUUCAGCAGCACAAAGUCAAAGAUGAACAGAGCAAUUACUGUAAUGAUUGUUAUCCUGCUCCUGUGUGCCAUUACUACACAGGGUAUUCCAAUCCCAGGUACUCAAGGACGUUGCCAGUGCCCUCAGACCACCUCCAAUCCUAUCAAUCCGAAGCAAAUCAAGAAUUUGAAAUACAUUCCCAAAGGAUCACACUGUGAGACACUGGAAAUAAUUGUGACCAUGAAAAAUGGGAAUAGAUUAUGUGUGAGUCCUGAUGCCGGGUGGGUGAAGAUUAUCAUUAAAGCUACAAAAGGUGCCAGACCACACAAAUGAGAAAUGAAGCUGCAAUGGGAUGGACUUGAAUCUACACCUGGAAACCUGCAGUACAAUGAACACUGAAAUAAAGUAACCUCUGUCCAGGGUGCUCAUUCUCUGAUGUCACCUUCCAAUAGGUUGUUUGAGUCAAUGCUCUGCAUUGAUUCCUGAAGCUUAUUUCACUGUUUAACCCUGUCAUACUGUAAUUGUUUACACAUGGCCUAAGAAAGGAGGCUUAUUUUGUGAAACUUUGUGCCAGUACUGAGGUUUUGUUUUAUAUGAUGUGAGGUAUACAAUUAUUCCAAAUAGAGUCUGACAUUGAUACAAGUCACUCUACAACUAAAAUUAAUCCACAUGUUUUGGAAAGUAAUUUCCAAUUAUCAGAAUGUGCCAGUAGAAUGGAAACCUUCACAGAUUUGUGAACUUAUGGUGGAAUCAAAAGGAAUGGAUAAUGUCCGUUGUUAAAUUUUAAUGUUUGAAAUAAAU